CGGCCACUCCGUGAACACCGCGUGAACGCCCGACACGCGCGGACGUGGCUGGAGUUUAGCUCGUGUUUAAUAAGACGGUAACCGUAAGCAAUGUUCACUUUAUUUAAAGAGGAACGAGCCGUUAACUUGGAUAAUUGUUCUGUUUGUCGGAACACGUGGAGCUGAGAGGCCACAAUGACAAAGAUCGUCUCCGUAUAACAGCAUGACUCGGUUCAUAAACACUGAAUCCGACGUGUAUGCGUUCUGUGACGUUGAUAUUCAUCCGAACAGCGACUAGUUCAUUAAGGAAACAAUUUCUUAUUGGCCACGUGGAUUGAGUUAUCUUUGAAAGUUUUCCUAUUACCCUGGCAAAUAUCUCUUGUAGAUAACAGGCUCUUAAUGGCCAGCGUCCCCUGUCCUCCGUCCCCCCUGUAACAUAAACUUGUCCAGGCAGCGGAGUGAGAGGCCGUGCGUCUUAGCGAAUAGACGAGCUUCGGUCCUACGUCACGCCAACCCCCCGCUGCGGAGGCUCGAAGCCGAGCGUGAGUGGAGGAAGAAGGGCAACAUCACGAAAAUACUUCUCCGUUCGUCGAAGAUGGCGCAAAUAACGAGCGAGGGGCCCGAGAAAGACUCUCAGCCGACGUCGAGCGAACACGGGGCCGGCGACGCGGCGGCAGCGGCCGGGAAACAGGGCCAGGCCGAGCUGGACCCCGAACAGGAACCGGGCGACAACAACGAGAGCGGAGCAGGAAUGGACGUGAAGAGCUGCAGCGAGGCCGAGGAGCGCGGCUACGACCCGGCGGCGAUGCCCGACGCCGACAAAGUAGCGGAGAGAGCCGAGAGCAGCGCGAGAGAGCCCGGCGGGGAGCUUUCCGAGGCGGGGAAGAGUCCGGUGCAGGGCAGCCUGGCGAGCAGCACCGACUCCGCGCAGGAGGGCUCCCGGGUCCUGAAGCAAGAACAAAGAGAGGGGGACGGCGUGUCCUCCGGACCCAGCGACCGCGCCAAGCCCGCCGCCAAGAGACGGGCCAGCGUCGAGGUGGCGUCGUCGGACGGGGAGCCGCUCAGUCGGAUGGAUUCGGAGGACAGUAUCAGCAGCACCCUGAUGGACAUGGAGAGCACGGCGUCCAGCGGGCGCUCCACUCCGGCCAUGCUCAACGGUCACGGUGGGGGGGCAGCGGCGGGGAGCGGCGCGGCACCGGCGGGGGGCAAAUCUCUGAGCUACACCUGCUGCUGGGAUCACUGCCAGCUGCAGUUCACCUGCAGCCCGGACCUGGCUGAACACAUCCGGGCCACACAUGUGGACGCGCAGAGAGGAGGGGUGUUUGUGUGUCUGUGGAAAGGCUGCAAAGUGUACAACACUCCUUCCACCAGUCAGAGCUGGCUGCAGAGACACAUGCUGACCCACAGCGGGGACAAGCCGUUUAAGUGUGUGGUCGGGGGCUGCAACGCCACGUUCGCCUCGCAGGGAGGCCUGGCUCGCCACGUGCCCACCCACUUCAGCUCCCAGGGCUCCUCCAAGAUGUCCAGCCAGGGCCGAGUGAAGGAGGAGUCCCCGUCCAAGGCCGGCCUCAACAAGAGGAGGAAGCUGAGGAACAAAUACAGGCGCUCGCUGCCUCGACCUCAUGACUUCUUUGACGCUCAGACCAUGGACGCCAUCCGCCAUCGAGCCAUCUGCCUCAACCUGGCAACACACAUCGAGAGCCUGGGCAACGGACACAGUGUGGUGUUCCAUAGCACGGUUAUCGCCAGGAGGAAAGAGGACUCUGGCAAAGUGAAGGUGUUGUUGCACUGGACCCCUGAAGAUAUACUUCCAGACGUGUGGGUUAACGAGAGUGAGCGACCGCAGCAGAAGACCAAGGUGGUCCACCUGUCCCAGCUGCCCACAGACACAGCUGUGCUGCUGGACCCCACCAUUUACAGGAUGUUCUUCUGAUGCGUCUGCCUCUCCACUCUGCUUCUGUAGUGACCUUCUAGUGUCUCUCCACUUGGUGCUGCCUUUACAGUGGACUGUAGAGAAUAUGUUUGUCUUUUUAUAGGUUAGACUGAAACUAACUGACGAGGCUGUAACCUCCACUGUAGACAGACGUGCAUUGUAAAUACCUGAGAUUUGUAAUAUAUUUUUAUAUUUUGAAUUUUUUACUGUAUUGUAGGUAGAUGGCAUUUCCACUAGAGGUUUUAAAUUCAUGUUCAUGUUCAGAUAGCUGCCAUCGAUACGGUUUGAUGUCAUUAAACGUCUCCAACCUCCA